AUUAUGGAAAAGGGUUUGAAGUGACAGGCCGAGGAUUGCGGUAAUAAGGCAGAUUAUUUUCAUAGUAAUUUUAAGGUUUAUAUCUGUUCCUUACAUUGUAAGUCUGGUCAGAGAGGGAGUUGAAUUAAGCUGGAGGAUAGAUCAGAAUUUGAAGGAGUCACAGAAAUCCUCAAAGUUCUCCAAACAUGUAUUAAGAACUUAAUGAUUGCAAUGGAGUCAUGAAAGAAUGAUGAGGAAUCAGAUGACUCAGGAAACUUAUUUUCCUUAUCUUCCUCAGAAGACUCAGAAGAAUCAAAGCUGAAUUUGAGCCAAGUUCAGAAUAAGAUUACACAGAUUGUAAAAAGAGUUAACACAAUGAAGCAAAAGCAACAGUUUCAGGUUCAGAGAGAAGUCAAACAGAAGCUGAAAGAUCUCUUCUCAGAACUCAAAAGUGAUGAAACUUUCAAAAAGUUCUGCGUUGAAAACUACAUCGCCUUCGUUUGAGACUUCUUGAAAGUGAGCAAGUUUAAGGUUGGUGAAGUAUUUGAUUUCGAAAUCAAUAUAAAUAAUGAAGCGAACUUCAAAGAAUUAGAAACAAAAAUUGAUGCCAAAUAUGAUUCAUUGAAACAAGAAUUUCAGAAGUUUAAAGAAGAUGUUGUGACAACACUCAACCCGACAACAUUGAAAGGCCUCAGUCAUUCUUAUAAAGUAUUCACGAAAAAGAAAAAUAUUAUUGAAAAGAACAGUGAGUUGGUGAUUGAUCUUGAAGAUUCAAGCAAUCUUGAAUUUAUUGAAUGAAUGGGAAGCAAUAUAUUAGCAAAUCUAGAAACCUUAAAAAUUUUUAAUAUCAAAAAUAAAAUGCCGGUUGUCAAAGAUUUUAUAUUUUCUUCAUUCCCCCAACAAGCAAAUAGAUUUCAUUUAAACUGUGGAGGAUCAGUUAUAAAUAGUGAUCAGAUCAUUGAUGUUGUAUGAUAUAUGAAUCCAAAAAUUGCAGAAACUCUAUAUCUUUACAACCUUGAAGUGGGCCAAAUCCAGAUGAGAACGCUAUUUCAGCUCACAAAAGAUAAUAAGAAAUUCCUCGGGUUUCCCUGCUGUAAGCUUGAACUUGAUACUGUUCCGAAUUUGCAACACUGACUUAUCAGAUCUAAAAUUCAAACACUUGCCCUAUCAUAUUGAGGAAAACCAGAAUACUGAGAUUGGAGGAACCAUCCUGAAAGGUUUGAGAACUUAAUUAAAGGAUUAUCUCAAAGUGAAGACUUUAAGAAGAACUUGAAGUCUUUACAUAUGACGCAAUGAGGAAUGGCCAAAUAUAAAAUACAACAAAUACUAGACAGCAAUGGUUUUGAAAAGGUAAAGAUUGAACACCAUUCAGAAUAG